CUCGCCGGUGGUCGGGCUCGCGACGCGCGUGCAGGCGGGAAGCCGCUGCAGUAGCGGCCUCAGCCGAAGGCGAGGCGGGCAGGCGCCGCGGGGCCGAGCCGCGAACAUGGCGGAGGCCGCGGCCUCGGAGCCGCUGGGCCGGAGCCGGGAGGAGGCGGCCUGGGUGGAGACGCUGCGCGGGGACUGCGAGCCCGAGCACCACUGGCGGCACCGCCGCGAGUUCCUGCUGCGCAACGCGGGGGGCUCGCCGGCUGGGGACAGCGGGGCCCUGCAGCGCCUCGUCUCUCUCUCCAUGGUGUGGGCCAACCACGUCUUCCUCGGCUGCCGGUACCCGCUGUCAGUGAUGGAAAAGGUGCUGGAAAUGGCUGAAGGCAUCAAAGUGACCGAUGCGCCUGCCCACACUACGAGAGAUGAACUGGUUGCCAAGGUGAAGAAAAGAGGCAUAUCAAGUAGCAAUGAAGGGGUAGAGGAACCUUGCAAGAAACGAGCUGUUGACAAAAGCAGAGAUUCUAAGGAUGUUGGAAAUGAUGCUAAGUUGAGAAAGACAGAAGUUUCCAAGGAGACAGAGAGCACGUUGCCAAAGAAAGAGGAAAAAGAUGUGGGAAAAGAUUCAGAGCAUUCACUGUCAUCCUCUAUCUCAAACCAAGAAAAGAGUGCAGUGCCAGGAACGGGAACAGAAACAAAAGCAGCUAAUUAUGAAACAACUACCAAGCAAAAUUCAACUGCAGCACCAGCUUCAUCUGGAACUGAGUCAAGAAUGAAUUAUCAUUCAACUAUGGAAACCAAACAUGAAAAGAAGAGUACAUUGUCUGGUGCUGCGGCAGGGGCUACCAAGAGCGGCGCCCAGGCCAGCGCGGCGGCGGCGGCUACCAAGAGCGGCGCCCAGGCCAGCACUCCCGCGGCGGCGGCGGCUACCAAGAGCGGCGCCCAGGCCAGCGCUCCGGCGGCGGCGGCGGCUACCAAGAGCGGCGCCCAGGCCAGCGCUCCGGCGGCGGCUACCAAGAGCGGCGCCCAGGCCAGCGCUCCGGCGGCGGCUACCAAGAGCGGCGCCCAGGCCAGCGCUCCGGCGGCGGCGGCGGCUACCAAGAGCGGCGCCCAGGCCAGCGCCCCGGCGGCGGCUACCAAGAGCGGCGCCCAGGCCAGCGCCCCGGCGGCGGCUACCAAGAGCGGCGCCCAGGCCAGCGCCCCGGCAGCGGCGGCGGCUACCAAGAGCGGCGCCCAGGCCAGCGCCCCGGCAGCGGCGGCGGCUACCAAGAGCGGCGCCCAGGCCAGCGCCCCGGCAGCGGCGGCGGCUACCAAGAGCGGCGCCCAGGCCAGCGCCCCGGCAGCGGCGGCGGCUACCAAGAGCGGCGCCCAGGCCAGCGCCCCGGCAGCGGCGGCGGCUACCAAGAGCGGCGCCCAGGCCAGCGCCCCGGCAGCGGCGGCGGCUACCAAGAGCGGCGCCCAGGCCAGCGCCCCGGCAGCGGCGGCGGCUACCAAGAGCGGCGCCCAGGCCAGCGCCCCGGCAGCGGCUACCAAAAGCGGCUCCCAGGCCAGCGCUCCGGCGGCAGAGGCUACCAAGAGCGGCUCCCAGGCCAGCGCUCCAGCGGCAGCGGCUACCAAGAGCGGCUCCCAGGCCAGCGCUCCGGCGGCAGCGGCUACCAAAAGCAGCUCCCAGGCCAGCGCUCCAGCGGUUACCAAGAGCGGCUCCCAGGCCAGCGCUCCAGCGGUUACCAAGAGCGGCUCCCAGGCCAGCGCUCCAGCGGUUACCAAGAGCGGCUCCCAGGCCAGCGCUCCAGCGGUUACCAAGAGCGGCUCCCAGGCCAGCGCUCCAGCGGUUACCAAGAGCGGCUCCCAGGCCAGCGCUCCAGCGGCAGCGGCUACCAAAAGCAGCUCACAGGCCAGUGCUCCAGCGGUUACCAAGAGCGGCUCCCAGGCCAGCGCUCCGGCGGCAGUGGCUACCAAAAGCGGCUCCCUGGCCAGCGCUCAGGCAGCUACCAAAAGUAGCUCUCAGGCCAGCGCUCCGGCUCCAGCGGCUACCAAGAGCGGCGCCCAGGCCAGUGCUCCAGCGGCUACCAAGAGCGGCGCCCAGGCCAGUGCUCCAGCGGCUACCAAGAGCGGCGCCCAGGCCAGUGCUCCAGCGGCUACCAAGAGCGGCGCCCAGGCCAGUGCUCCAGCGGCUACCAAGAGCGGCGCCCAGGCCAGCGCUCCGGCGGCGGCAGCUACCAAGAGCGGCUCCCAGGCCAGCGCUCCGGCGGCGGCUACCAAGAGCGGCUCCCAGGCCAGCGCUCCGCCCGCGGCAGCGGCUACCAAGAGCGGCUCCCAAGCCAGCGCUCCGCCCGCGGCAGCGGCUACCAAGAGCGGCUCCCAGGCCAGCGCUCCGCCCGCGGCGGCGGCUACCAAGAGCGGCUCCCAGGCCAGCGCUCUUACGGCAGCUUCCAAAAGCAGCUCCUUGGCCAGCGCUCUACUGGUGGCUUCCAAAAGCAGUUCCCAGACCAGCGCAUCAGCGGUGGCUUCCAAAAGCAGCUCCCAGACUAGUGAAAGUCCUGCUAAAGUGUCAUGGAAGCCAUUAACAAGUGAAGAUGCAAAAGAAAGACAGCCUUUUUUCAAUAGACUGUACAAAUCUGUGGCUUGGAAGUUGGUUGCUGUUGGAGGUUUUAGUCCCAAUGUGAAUCAUGCAGAACUUCUAAACUCAUCCAUUCAGUCUGUGAAAGCCACUUUAGAUGUAACUUUUGUUCCACUGAAGGAACUUGCAGACUUACCUCAAAAUAAAAGCUCUCAUGAAAAUAUAGUUUGUGAACUGAGGUGCAAGUCUGUUUAUUUGGGUACUGGCUGUGGAAAAAGUAAGGAAAAUGCCAAAGCUAUAGCUUCGAGGGAAGCUUUGAAAUUAUUUCUAAAGAAGAAUGUUAUUGUAAAGAUAUGUAAAAGAAAGUACAAAGGACGUGAAAUUGAAGAUUUGGUACUUCUUGAUGAAGAAUCAAAACCCUCAAAUUUACCCCCAGCUUUAAGAAAUCCUCAAGAGAUCCUGUAGGACACAUAAGAACUGAGGGUUACUUUUGUACUCUGAAAAUGUAGGCUUCCAGAUAUUUUGUAUUUCUCAGUUUUGCAGAACAAUUACAUUAUUGUUCCUUUCACACUGUAGCAAUUGUAAAUAACUUCUUAUAGAUCGCAAGAAGUGUGCAUUUAAAGGUAUGCCUUAAUAUAGAGCACACUAGCGUGCUGUUUUAUUUGCUAAAUAGUCUACCUAAGUCUUCUAUUUUUAAUUAAAAGAUUAAGGUAAUAAUUUUGUAAUUCUUACGAUUUGGUGGUAGUGUGCUCAGUUGUCUACCAUGUCUUUUUAGCUGCAUAGGAAUGUAUAUAGGGGCCAUAGUACUUGAAUGGUUGAAAGUUGUUAAAUUUCAAGGAAAAGGUUGUCUGUUUGAAAUUUGUUGCCCACAAUGUUCACUAUUAUUGUUUGAAAAGAGAGAAAAUAGUUGGCUGACUAUUUUUAUGAAAAGUUGUAACAUUUUAAAGUUAAUCCUAAAAUAAUAUGUGAUCCUGUUUAACAUUAUUACAAUAGUAAAUUGUCAGUAAAUAAUGAUCAGGGUGAUUUCAACCACCAAAACUCUUUAAGCAAAUUAAACUUGUGAAAUACCAUUUACACUUUGUUUUUCAGAUAAACAUGGAUUUCUAUAUAAGCAUAUUUUAUGACUGCUACUAUUAAAAAUAAUAAACUUCUGGGAUAUCCUCACUUUUAAUAUUUUGUUUUAGCUAUUAAAUGUUUUGAAAACUCACCAUUUUGAUAAACGUUAGUUACAUCUUUUUUGGAAAAAAAAAAUCUUAGACAUUAAACUGGGUCAGAAGCAUCUGUGAAAAUGAUCAACAGAGCAGUAUUUUUUUAAUAUAUAAAAAGAAAACUACUGGCUUCAGUGUGGAUGGGUUUCAAGGUGUAGUUACUGGUGGUUCUUAUUGUUUUAUUAAGAUGCACAAGAGAUAGUAAUGUAAAACUAGAAUAACAAUAUUUUCCAAUAAAUAAUGGAAUGUAUACUAUUCCCACUCUAUCAUCAGUUAAAUGUGGGGGCAGAGGAAAUGCAAGUGCUUCUGUUGUGUUGAGUGUCUUCUGAAAUGAGUUUACUCAUAUUUUGAGCCUUAUUUUACUCUCUUUACACACUCAGUACUCACACUGAUAUCAGGAAAUUUCAUACCGAGAUCAAGGAAAAUCAUGGCCCUUUAGGUGCAGCAGUCUGGAAAGAAUUAUAAAUGGAGUGUAUAAAACACUGAAUAAUAAAAGUAAUGGCUGAGA